GCUUCUGCUCAAGCAGCAACGCUGACUGACGUUACAAAACAAUGAAUCAAACCUCAGAGCUGAAGUAGUUUUAGUGUUCCGUGAUAUUUAAGAUAUUAUGAUUUUAGGUAAUAUUUUUAACAGUAACGUUACAACACGAAAGUUUCACCGGCCCAGGAAACGGAGUGGGAUAUCUAGCUAGCAUUUUCAAGAGGCUGGCUAGCUAAUUAGCUAGGUUAGCUAACCAGUUCUCCAAACAGACAGACUACAGUAGUAGUGGUACUAUAAGUUAAAUAAAAUGGCUGUAUAUUCAACUUUGCAAACAUGCUGAGUUUUCUUACAGCCCGACAAACGGGUGUAGACGACCCAGUUCGCCUGAGACGAGCAGAGUCGACAAGAAGGGUGCUGAGUUUGGAGUUAAAUCACGACAGAGAUGUGGAACGUAUUCAUGGGAAUGGAAUCAACACUAUUGACAUUGAGGUCAUUGAAGGGAGAUAUAUGUUGUCAGGAGGCUCAGAUGGAGUAAUUGUGAUCUAUGACCUGGAAAACAACAGCAAGAAGCCACAUUACACAUGCAAAGCAGUUUGCACUGUGGGCAGGUCAAGUCGUUAUGUGCACAAGUUCAGUGUGGAGACAGUCCAGUGGUACCCUCAUGACACUGGCAUGUUUGUGUCCAGCUCAUUUGACAAAACCAUGAAAGUUUGGGACACAGAAACUUUGAAGCCAGCUGAAGCGUUCCAGUUUGAAGGGAAUGUCUACUGCCACCAUAUGUCACCUAUUGCCAGGAAACACAGUCUAAUAGCAGUUGGUACCAAAGACCCUAAAGUCCAGCUGUGUGAUCUGAAGUCUGGUUCCCGUAUUCACAUCCUUCAGGGUCACAGAGGGGAAGUUCUUUCUGUCAGGUGGUCUCCACGCUAUGAGCACAUCCUGGCCACUGCUAGUACUGACAGCAGGGUGCGUGUAUGGGAUGUGCGACGGGCCUCUGGAAGCCUCUUUACAUUAGACCAGCACAACGGGGACAAGUCUAAGGCCUCUUCUGAAUCAGUGAACACAGCCCAUGAUGGACGCGUCAAUGGCCUGUGCUUCACCGAUGACGGCCUUUAUCUCCUCACCACAGGCACAGACGACCGCAUGCGGCUGUGGAACAGCGCCACUGGCGAGAACACACUGGUUAACUAUGGGAAGGUGGUUAACGAGAGCCGUAAAGGUGUGAAGUUCACCGUGUCGAGAGGCUGCAGCCCAGAGUUUGUCUUUGUGCCAUGUGGCAGCUCUGUGGCCAUGUACGGCCUUCACACCGGUGAACUGGUCACUAUGCUGAGGGGACAUUACAAUAAUGUAGACUGCUGUGAGUUCCACACAGACUAUCAGGAGCUCUACAGUGGUGGAAAGGACUGUAACAUCUUGGCAUGGGUGCCUGUGCUACGUCAACCUGACAAUGAGGAUGAGGGGGCUGGCUCUGUAAAGGGUGGGGCCCAAAAUGCGGUUAAUCCUGCUUUCGAAGACGCCUGGAGCAGCGAUGAAGAUUAAAUGAGCUAAUCACAGUUUAAAUAUUGCAAUACUGAACAGUCACACUAUAGUGCAAUAUGCUGGAGCUUUCUUUCAGAGGGGAACAAGCCUCAGAGACUCUGUUAUACCACAACUGAAUGUACUGUAUUGUAUCAUGCCAAAAAUCUCUAACUAAUGUGUCUACUUUCAUUUACAAGCCUGUUUUUUGGUUUAUUUUUUUGUUUUCUUUUUGUUGUGCAUGUACCUAUUUGCAUUCCUCUACAUCAGUGACCCUGUAUAGUGAAACAGGAUUUAAUAGAUGCUACUUAAUAUACUUAGUGUGGGUCAGGUGUGUUAGAUUAGGGUUGGAACAGGGCGGUGUACAGUGGCCCCAAAAAUGAUUUAAACUUGUGUUCACUGAUGACGUCAUGAACUCAGAAGUGUACAAAGGCAUGUUGGAUGCGAACCAGCAGACGUCUGCAAACAGCACAACAUUCUGUAACUGCUGGUCGCCUUUUGAGAGAGAAUUACAGUGUUGGAAUGGUAGGUUUAAAAUAGAUAACAGUUGGUGUGACAUUUUGUUGCCUAACACAAUGUUACAGAGUUAUAGAGUAUGGCACAAAUGUCCAAAUAGUUUUAGGACUACUGUAUCUACGUGAGUAGGUUUGGGAAUUCUUGUGAACAGAUUGUGCCUGCAGUAUGUGUCAGUAAAUGCAGUCAGAAACUGGGUCUCAUUUUUCUCCUUCAUUUACAUGGUGUGGCCAGGUGCUAUGACCACACCUCUAGUAUGGGUUUUACCUUUGACCUAUAUUUGGACUGCAAGUUUUUCAAAGCAUAAUGCGAGUGAGAGAUUUGGGUGCUGAUAAUGAUUUUUUUUACUGCCAAUAAAUGAAUUUUUUUAUUGUGAUGAA